CAGACUCACCGUCGCUUUCGCACGAAGGAAAAAAGUCACUGUGUAUCUCUCCAUACUCCGCGUACUCGAGACGUAUAAGACUGCGCACCAUGGCGGACUCUACGGUUCCUCAUCACAGCAACUACCAUCACUACUACCACCAACAGCCUUAAGAAAUCAGAUCCUCAAUCGAUCACCAGUUUUCAUCAAUUCAAUCGUCUAUUUCGAUAUAUCCCGUACUUUCAACAUGUCCACCUCAAUGCGCAAAGUCCUCAUUUCUUCCUUUGGCGACCCGUCCACCGUCUCGGUCGUAACCGACACCAUCGCCGCCCCAGCAGCAAACGAAGUCCAGAUCAAAGUCCUCUACGCCGGCAUGGGUGGCUCCGACAUCGCCAUGCGAAACGGCGUCUACCCGAUGCAGAGAAAAGCGCCCUUGACUCCAGGAUACUCUCUAAUCGGCCGCGUGCACCAAAACGGGUCCAACAGCCACAAGUUCCAGCACGGCGCUCUAGUCGCAUGCCUCACAGUCUACGACGCGCAAGCAGAGCUCUGCAACCAGCUAGAGAAGCACCUCGUCCCUGUGCCAGAGGGAAUAGACCUGCAACAAGCUGUGGCUCUGGUGCUGGACUGGAGCACAGCGUACGGGCUUGCCUAUCGUGCGGCCAAGAUCGCUGCAGGCCAACGCGUCUUCAUCCAUGGACUUAGUGGCUCCGUCGGCUUCGCACUGCUUACCUUUUGCAAGAUGCAAGGCGCAGACGUCUACGGCACGGCGUCGGCGGUCAACCAUGCUGCAGUCCGCGAAGCAGGUGCAACGCCCUUUGUAUACACGGACAAGAACUGGAUGACGGCCAUGAACGCCAUCGGCGGCGCGCACGUCGUCUUCGACGCCCUGGGCUUCGAGUCGUACGACGAGAGCUGGGACAUCCUGUGCAAAGACGGGGGCCAUCUAAUCGGCUAUGGAGGCAAUCUCAAUUCGCUGAAUGGUGCAAAGCAAAGGAAUCAGCCGGUGCAGAUCGCCAAAUUGCUGGCCAGGGGCUUGGUGCCGUUUUGUCCCAACAAGACGAGCUUUUACUACAUUGAUAGGGACCAGAAGACGUUUGAGCCGGAGCUGAAGACGCUGCUUGGCUUGUUGGGUAGGGGGGAUAUUCGCGUGCCGAUCAGGAAUGUGUGGACGCUGGAGCAGGUGCCUGAGGCGCAUCGGAUCUGGGCCAAGGGGCCUGGUGUUGGGGCUGUGGUGGUCAAGGUUGCUGAAGAUAAGGAGGUAUGAGGUGGGGAGUGGGGGAUGUGGUAAUUGCCUCUGUAUAGCGUUUUCUUCCAGCCUUCAAUAUCAAACUAUAAAGAUCGC